AUGCGAGCAUAUUUGCCAUUUUUCGAUCCUUUUGUGAAAGAAGUAUCAUUAGAAAAUUGUAGAAAUUGUGAGAUGCACUAUUUCGAUAGAAUAUUACAUCAGAGAAGCAUUUUAUGUAAAUAUUUAUUAGAAUUACUGGCUUAUCCUUUAGUUUAUUUGGAUCUCAGUUAUGAUAAGAAGGGAAAGUCUACUUCUCGAGUGUGUAGUGAAAGGCUUAUAAAUUGUCUCACUCAGUUACAGGGGAAUUUCUUUUUGUUAUACAAUUUAUUAGAUGACCAGAGUGAAGAUAUUAUUAAAAGAAAUGAAUAUUCUCCAGACUUAUCUAUUGGAAAUUUAGCAUAUUUAGUGUUUGUAGAGAAUCUUGGAAUUGACUGCAUACCACAGGUAUUUACACAUUCCUACAAUUUUGAAAGACAUUUAAUAUAUAUCGUGGCAUUACUUUCUAGGCAAAGUAACUGUGUUGUUUAUAAAGGAAUUCAUCUGGCAGAAAGAUUAAUUUCGAUUUUGGAAGAUAGAACAUUCAACCACGAGUAUUUAGAUAUUCCGGAAUUUUCUACCUUUCUGAAUUCAUUAUUUCAAGUUGUUUUAUAUUGUCCAAUUAAGGAAUUACAUUAUCAGGCUCGCAAUCUGUUUCUUCAAUAUCUAAAUAAAUUAGAUUCAAAAGCAGUAUAUAAUUUGCUCUAUUCACAAUUCUGCUCCCAGCGACAAGCAAAAGUGCGAGGAUUGAUAAUAAACACUUACAAGAUAUAUAUGUGCAGGUCUCUAGAGUUAAAUGAAAAUGAAUUUAUAGGUAAAAAUUUGAUAAAGUUUUUAAACAUAGCAACUAAGCUACCGAAUAAAGUAGAAACAGAUCUAUUAGAAUAUUCUGACAUAAUUUUAGAGAGUAUAAAUGUCUUACGUUACUUAACUCUUCGCAAAGACAUAACAAAAGUGUCGCAAAUCUGGUCCUUCAUGAAAAAUUUAGAAGAAAACUUCUUAAAGCCGUUACAUACAGCCUUAGAUUUGUCACGUGCUCAUUAUAAAUUACAAUUAAGCAAAGUAAAAGAAGAGAAAAACGUACCAAAGCAUGAUCUACCUAUAACAGUUACAGUCAAUAAAGAGACAUUUGAGAAUAUUCCAGCGAAUGAUCAAAUUAAAUUUUUAAAUCUUUCAUUACUCAGUUUUGAUUUAAUCGAGAGCAAUUUAGCUGCCUUAGAACAAGAUAUUCAGGCAAAUAAAGACCAAGAUUUUGAUUAAUGAAAGUGUAUGUAAAAUGUUUCAAUUCUGCACAUUGUUCAUAUACAGAAUAUAAUAAAGAGAAUUUUAAUUCUGUAUACAUGGGUGGAUCUAGAUUUUUCAGGGCCUAGGACUUACUGAAGUCCAAUAGAGCCCCAUUUUUUUGUUAGAUCAAGAUCUUUAAAUUGGAGUUUAAAAUUCAUUUUUAAUAACAUCAAAAUCAGAGUUGAAAUAUAUUUAUUUAUGAAAUGGUGUUGAAUUAAAAACUUUACAUCUUAUAUAUAAAACAAAUUAAGAAAUAAAGAAAUAUUAUUAACAAAAAUAAUUCAAUUUUUGUGGGCCCAGGGCUUAAGCCCUAUUAAUCCUAUGUAGAUAUGCCCGUGUAUACAUACCUUUUUUCUCUAUUUGCUAUUUAUUUAUUUAACUAAUCAUUAAUUAUAAAAAUUAUUUCACUAAUUAUACUUAUAAUAGGAUGAAAGCAAAUCACUUAUACUUUUUGAAUAGUUCAUACAAUUUGACACUAGUGAUUUGUGAAUAAUUUUAAAUCAUACAAGCUAAGUAAUAUCUGUAUGAAGUUAUACAUGAUGUCUGAAAAGUUACUGCACAGUAAAAAAUUUGUAAUGAUUAAUGUCAUUACAAAUUUCUUGCUGCACAAUAACUUUUUGGACACCCUGUAUAUUCAAUGUAAUGAGAAAAGUUUUAACUUCAUUUAAGUGUAAUAUAAUUCAUGAUUUUAAAUGUAAUACUUUUACAAUUAUUAUUUACUCAGUAGAUACUGAGUAAAUGACACUUGUUAUUCAAUUUAUUGGUGAAUCUUUCCAUUGAUGAAUGAUAAUAAUUGUCUCUAUACUUUUCUGACAUAUCAUUAAAUUGAUAGAUUAUUAAUUAUAUUUUUGCAAUGAUUAAAUAUAAAAAUUAUGUCAAAUUGUACGUAAUUUUAAGACAACGAACAUGCCUUAAGAUUGGGUAUUUCACUUUGAUAAAUAUUGUAGUGAGUCUACAAUAGAUUCAAUUACUCUUGUUUUAAUUUCUGAAUCUUGGACCCAUAAAAUGCUCCUUUAAUAAAUAUAAAUCUUCAAUCAUCAUUCUUAGUUCAAAAUGAAUGAAUUAUGCUUCCUUACAGAAAAUGAUGCUAGUUUAACAAAAACACUAACAAUUAUCAUCCUUUAUCAUCUAUUUUUAUUCUUAGAUUCAUUAUUCUUCUAAUACAUCUAUAUUCUUCAUAUAUAUCUCAAUUCAAUAUCUCUUGCAUGAUUUCUUCAAAUCACUUUGUAUACCAGGAAUAUUGCAUUUGAAAACUACUAUACCCAAUAUUGUUCCUUGUUUCUUUCAUGCAUUCUCAUAAUUUCCUUUAAAUAUGUAUUCAUGUUAUGAUGAUGUAUAUCAUUAAGUUUGAAUUUUUCUUGUUUAGCAUUGUUUAUUGAUUUUUGUAAUUUCAUUUAGUUACCUUUUAAUAGUCAAAUCCAAUUUUUCUGCAUUCUAAAAAUAAUAGGGAUUCAUUUUCCACAUUUUUGAGAAACCAUGUAUACUAUAUGAAACAAAAAUAAUACAUUUGAUUUUUCUCUUUAUCUCUUCAUAUUUAAUUUUGGACUUGAAACAGUUUUUCUGUUCUAUUUUCUUCCAACUAUUCUACAUAUCUGAAAACAUUAAAACUAAGAAAUUAUAAGACCAAUUUUAUUUGAACUUCAAAAACUAUGUUUAAUGUCAAAAUUUAUAUGCAACAAACAUCUUGUUUGAGUUAUCAUUCAAAAGUUGGAAAACUAUUAAAAAGCCAAGUAAAAGAAGCGAGAGUAUAAAGUAAAUACUUUUCCUCCGUCUAGAUUUUCAAUGGAAGUUUCGACAUUUAAAAGUAAUUUGUAAACAUUUCAUUUCAAGUUAUGACAUUUAAAUCUAAUUUUUGAUGUUCUAUCAAAAAAAAACUGCUUUAUAAUUUUUUGAUUUAAGUGUUUUCUUUACUUUCCACACUUUAUAACUGCUUUUAUUUAUUCUAGCAAGAUGAUUUAUCUUGAAAGAAUCUCCCAAAGAUUUACCUUUGUAAAUGAUUAUUUCUAUUUAAACAUUUUUUCUUGAUUUUUAUUUAUUUCUGCUAUCUUUCUAAUUUUAAUACUGAAAAAUGAUU